GCCUUGUACCAUGUGACCUCUGUGAUCAUUCACAGAUUUCACACAUAGUAAGCAAUGAUGUCACAGGUGACAUCUUGCUUACUACUCUGCAUAUGAUCACUGAUUGACCAAUCAGUGAUCACAUGAUCGGGACCUCACACAGAGGUUCUGUACAACGAUUGGUGUUCCACUGUGUUCGGAGGACACAGUGGGCACCGGAUCGGGGCGGGGAGGCCAUUUAUAAACGGCCACCCAACCCUGCACUGCCACUGUCUGGCCGUUUAUAUACAACGGCCGCACGGGAGGUGGUUAAU